GCCUUUCUAUAUAAUCUUUUUUCUACGAUUUAAGUUUUCCUGGGGAAGAAAACCGGCUUACUGUUUUUUCAAUAUCUUCUAAAGUAAGUUUAAUCAUUAUAAUAUGUGCGAGUGUUGAUUUAUUUCUGAUCAACAUUCAAACGACUAAUUGUGAACAUUUUAAUUUUAGCAUCAACCAACAACUUCUGUUUGUCGUCAUAUUCAAUAUAUGGAUCUGGGAUGCAAUUUUAAUUGUGAGAUUAACAACUAAUCAUUUAUUUAGUUUCUUUUUAAUUUGUAUUUUAUUUAGGCUUCAACAUAAGUAAGUAACUAGAUAGGUAAAUCAAUUGGUAAUUAAAUAAUUACUCUUGAAUAAUACUGUGCAGUUUUGUUUAGGGCUAUAUCUAUACAAUAUUAUUUUACUAUAAAAAUUGUGAAUAAAUUACAGUGCUACUUUACAAUUGUGAUCUACUUAGCAUGUGGUUUACCAGUAUGUGAAUUUUUAAUUCAACGUAUAUUUUUGACAUUUCAUGUUUAUAAUUGUUCAAAAAUAUGUGUGUUUGGAUGCCAACAUAUUUUUACUAUAAAAUAAUAUAAAAGGGUAAAAAUGUGAUUACCACUUAUCCCUGCUCGACAGCUCUACUAACUCAUACUUACAGACAUGAACUUUUUAAAAAAUUAUUUAGAAAUAUAUAACCACAAAGUACAUAGGUACAUAUGCUUAUGAUAUUUUUUUGACAAAACCCACUAUCAUUUGAUGAUUGCGCUUUUUUGCAGCUAAGUCUUGCAAACCUUUUAGAAGAAUUAAUUGUGUUGAGUAAUAUUUGGCUUGUUUUUAAAAAAACUCAAAACCAGUUUAAAAUGCAGCAAAUGCUUCAGCGAGUGACGGUCUUUUAGGUGUACUCAUACUUUCAUCACUACUGCUGUUGUCACUUUGAUUUUGCAAUGAAGAAAUAAUUUCACCAUGAUCUUUUAUUUGAUAUCCUAGAUAAUUUACAUUAGUUUCUAACCAAUCAACAGUGUUAUCCUAGUUGUAGUCUUGAAAUGCUGGAAUAUCAUUAAAUAAAUAAACAAAAUCAUUAAGAUUAUUUUUUUAGAUAAUUUUCUUUUCCAGCUUCCAACUCCUUAAAAGCAACCCACAAAUACUUCCAUGCAUUUUGUAAAUUUUAUUCAGUUAAAUUAUCCCAAGCAUCUGCUAUCAUGUAACAGCAUGUAAUGGUUGAUUACUAGUGGUAGGGGGAUGGUCUAUGAGUGUUUCAGCGAGUUUUAAUGGUUAGGUAACAGGGAUACGCUAAUUAUAGUUUUGGAUAAUCACCAUUCUAUUGUACAAUAGACUUUAAUAUUUUUUUCAUGGAAUAUUAGUAAUUACAUUUUAUUAAAUAAUAAUAAUUUUUGUUUUAAAAUUCCAAUUUUUUUGCUCUCCCAUUUUAACAAUUAAUCAGUUUUAAGAUGUUUUAUUUUUUUUGUACUGCUGCAGAGACGGUUUGCAGAGUGUAUCAAAAAAUUAAGUUCUCAGUCAUGGUUAUGUAUAAGUUUAUUAUAUUAUAAGUUAAGAUAUUAAUUAUAUGAUAAGAAUAAUAUUAAUUUCUAAACUGUUGAUGAAAAUAAUAUUGAUAACCUAGGAACCCAUUAUUUUUUUCAUAUAGGAUAUUAUAUACUAUACUCUAGUUACCAUAAGUUAACCCAAUUGGUCUACAAAAACCUCAGAAAAAAAAAACCCUCUGUAAGCAUAGUCACAGACUCAGUAUACAUGCACGGAAGCGGGUUAACUUAUGGUGACUAGAAUAUAAUUACCUAAUUAUUAUUCAAAUUGAAUUAAUUAUUUUUUAUAGAUGUACCAUUAAUUGAAAAACGAAAUGCUUGAAUCUUCGAAAAAAAAUCAAAAUUAAGGCAUAUCAACAAUAGAGCCACUAGUUCUAAACUAUAUUGAUUGUCAAUACUAAUACAAUUCAAAAGGAUUAUUAUUUGACCUAGCAAGUAUAAAACAAAACUAAUAAUCACACGUCUGUAUAUUUAAAUGAAAUAUUUUCUUGUAGUUUUUCAGUGGAUAAUUUGGACGCAAUCUUGUCAAAUGGACAGAUUUUCUGAUGCAUCACAGUCUUCAUUAGGGAUAUUUGAAGCUAUAUCAGAUUUAUCAACUAGUGAUCAAGAUGAAAAUUCUGUUUAUAGUAAUGAUUUGAUUUCUUUAGAAGAUCAAGUAUCUGAGGAAUGGCCUCCUCCUGGUAGAUGGCUUCGAAUUAUUGAAUGGAACUAUGAUUCUAUUUGUCGAUCAAAGAAAAGAUCAAAGAGUGAUAGUAAUAUCAGUAGGAGUACUGAAGAAUUGGUUCCAAAACUAUUUCGCCAACCUUCCUUGUCCUGGAAGUUCAAAUUUGCACCUACACAAGAAAAAAUUAAGAACUAUGAUAAUUAGUGCCGGG